CCCCUGCAGAGCGCACGGGCCUCCGCAACCUCCAGCUGGUGAGCAGGUGUCUCUCUGUGGGCACCUGUCCCUCUUUUGCAGCUACCGUCAAAACAAGAGACUCGCCUAACCUUCUGCGAACACCUGGGCAUUGUGGAGGUGGGAGACUCACCUACCGGCGGCCAUUCCGGGACCCUGCUGCCACCGGAGAGCUGCUUGGGGCUGGGAAACCCCAAGGAGGUGUCGCCUGCCUGGGGGCAGCCAUGCGGUGCCUUUCCCCCUGAGGAAGAGGGGCCCCCCCAACCAGGGCCUUCUGCGGACAGGGCGAUGACAACACUGGAGGACCCGAGCGCUCUCCCGCCCGGCGGGGCGAGUGAGCUGAGGGUGAUGUUGGACUCAGUGACACACAGCACCUUCCUGCCCAACACAUCCUUCUGUGACCCCCUGAUGUCUUGGACUGAUCUGUUCAGCAAUGAAGAGUAUUAUCCUGCCUUUGAGCAUCAGACAGCCUGCGACUCCUACUGGACAUCUGUCCACCCCGAGUACUGGACUAAGCGCCAUGUCUGGGACUGGCUUCAGUUCUGCUGUGAGCAGUACAAGCUGGAUGCCAACUGCAUCUCCUUCUGCCACUUCAACAUCAGCGGCCUGCAGCUGUGCAGCAUGACGCGGGAGGAGUUCCUGGAGGCCGCCGGCAUCUGCGGGGAGUACCUGUACUUCAUCCUCCAGACCAUCCGCUCACAAGGUUACUCCUUCUUUAAUGACGCUGAAGAGGCCAAGGCUGCCGUCAAAGACUAUGCUGACUCCAGUUGCUUAAAAACAAGUGGUAUCAAAGCUCAAGACUGUCACAGUCAUAGUCGAACGAGCCUCCAAAGCUCUCAUCUAUGGGAAUUUGUGCGAGACCUGCUUCUAUAUCCUGAAGAAAAUUGUGGCAUUCUGGAAUGGGAAGAUAGGGAACAAGGUAUUUUUCGGGUGGUUAAAUCAGAAGCCCUGGCAAAGAUGUGGGGACAAAGGAAGAAAAAUGACAGAAUGACGUAUGAGAAGUUGAGCAGAGCUCUGAGGUACUACUAUAAAACAGGAAUUUUGGAACGGGUUGACCGAAGGUUAGUGUACAAAUUUGGAAAAAAUGCACACGGGUGGCAGGAAGACAAGCUAUGAUCUGCUCCAUCAUCAAGCUCAUUUUAUGGAUUUUUUUUGUCUUAAAACAAUCAGAUUUCAAUGGACAUUUGAAAGUUUUUUUUUUUUUUAAGCCUGCAACUGAUAAUUUCUCCACAUCUCAGCUUACAUUUGGAUCCAGAGUUGCUGUCUACUUGGGGGUGAUGACAGCAACCCUUAAGAAAGUCUUUUUUUUUUUUUUACCCGAAGGGAGGAGGGGCGGGCUGACUUCUUAUGGUACCUUCAUCCAACACCACUCCCCAACCAAGAGCUGUAGAACCACAACAGCCAGUGCCAUUAGCUCUGAGAAAAAGUAUCUAAUCCUGCCAUUAGCGACUCAUUCAGUGCUCCCAUUCCAAAGGCUCAAAAGUUUUCACACAUUUAACCCACAGAGGAAAAAAAAAAAUGGUUAGUUUGUAAUUGAUAUAUAGAAGGAGGGGGUGAGACAUGGAUAAGAGAAACAUAAUGUAGAUUUUAAAUUGUUAGAGUCAAAUUCCAUAGAAAACUUUCUUAAUUAAUAAAAUAGCUAAGCCAUCAAGCCAGGAAAUGAUUGGACUUAGCACAGGUUAAUUGUUUCUUAACCAGAGAAUCUUUGCCCACUCGGGAACACUCCCGUACCAACCUUCUAGAGUAACACACUUAAAUUUCAGCACACUGUUAAUCCUUCCUGAGUUUAUUCCCCCUUUUCUACUGGUGGGAGUGGAGGUGGGGAGGACAUCAGUUUUGCAAAGAGUCAGUCAACAGACACCUGAAUUCAUUUCCAAAUCACUGCUGUUUCUGGGACCCAAGCUGCCAACCUGGUAAAAUCGCAGUCUGUUGAUUCUGUCUGUGGUCAAGAUGUGAAAUCCUUACAGAACUGGAAACAUCCUGACAACUGUGUAAUGGCCAAUUAAAUUAUGAGUCUCUUGUUUUGUCUUCUUACCUGAUGUGUAUUCAAACUCUAAAACACAUAUUUCCUUGACAAAAAUAGUGACAGUGAAUUUGCACCAGUAAAUGCUCAUGGGUUAAAGUCUGCACUGACGUCUUCUCACCAGUCACUGGUAGGUGAGCCAUUAGUGACCUACACCUAGGUGGACUGCCCCUCCAACUUCUACUUCACCAGGGCAGGAAGCUUCAUGCGACGAGGCACUGAACCACAAUACAGGCUGAGGACCUCCAUGGUUAGAGUUUAACUUCAAAAGGAACUUGUUUUAAAAAUGUGAAUUACUGUAAAAUAAUCUAUUUUUGGAUUCAUGUGUUUUUCAGGUGGAUAUAGUUUGUAAACAAUGUGAAUAAAAUAUUUAACAUGUUAAACC